GUGUAGGUGGCGCGGCGGGCGCUACGGGAGAAAAUUUGCCACCGCGCCGACCAUUAUUCGUGUGCAGGUGUUUGUGGAUUGUUUUAUGUUGUCCGCGUUUUGUUUUCUUCCCCCCAACAAUGUCCUGUUUAGCCUGAAGCAACGGUGUUUUGAUUCUACGUCUCAGCACCGAGCCCCUUCCUCAGCAGCCCUCUGGCAUGAGCCGCUGUGACCCUUAGCAAGUUACGCCACCGUGCUCGCCAAAUCUCCCACCCCCAUUUUCUUUUUUCUCCGUUCGACGACCCAUCAUCGGCGAGAUCCCACAUCAAAUCAUGUCCGGCAGUGGAAUCGUGAGCGCGCAGGGCACCGUGGUUUUCGGUUUGCCGUCCGCUCCAGCGGACCCUGAGUUGCAGCCCGUGGCGCAAAGGUCUACGCUGUCUCCCGACGCGUCACCCUUCGUGCCCAAGAACUUCGCCGUGUCCGUGGUGGCAGCGGGAACUCCGCAGACGCCCUUCGCUGCUGCCUCAACGUCCCCAGCCGCUCCGACUGUGGCUGAUAGCGACAUGACGUACCCACCGCCGCUGCCUCCUCCGAAUGUUCAAACCUUCUACAUCACGGGUCUGCCUGGAUACUACGCCCCAUAUGUGCCGACACCAGCAGUGCCCUUCUACACCAUGCAGUAUCAGUGUCUAUACCCACCCACGCCACCCAUAGGUGUCUGCUGCCCUAUGGAGGAGAGCAUGCCAGCAGUUGCUGAUGAGCCACCUAUCACCACCAUGGUCGCUCCUGCCACCGCAGCUGCUUCUGUGCAGCAGCAGUCCUUGCAGCAGUUACAGCAGCCCAUGAUACAAAAUGCCAGAAGAAACAAAAAGAAAAGCAGAAGUGGACGCCGGAGAGAAAGCGCCUCACACAGAGAUCCUAUGGUUGACGGAAACACCAGCAUCGUGCCAGACUUUGGGCAAGCUUCAGGGAGGAAUGGUGGUGCUGUUGCGGCGAGGGUCAAUGCUGUCGACCAGGAAGAGUGGCAGGGAGGGCCGGCCAGCCCGGACUUUUCCAGCAGCUCAGAGUUCCCGUCGCUGCCCGUCCAGGACUUUCCGCAGCGGCAGUCGCCCUCGGGCAUUAGCUACUCCACGGCGCUGCAGCAGCAGAAAGCACCCCGACCGCCUGCAGUUCCCUCAGGGGCCACAACAAACAGGGAAACAGAGGAGCUGGCAUCAUCAUCCGCAGCGGGAGUAAACACGCGAAGCGGCAUGCAGCAGCAAGGGCGUCGCGGUGGUGGCAACAACAGCGGCAACAGCCCGAAUGAUGUGAAUAACAAGCAUCACAAAAGAAGCAAUGGGUCACGCAAGCACCGGCGUGGUGGUGGUGGGGGUGGCAUGAGCGAUGGGGUCAGGCGUGCGGAAGAUGCAGAACCGUCGGCAAGGCUGCAGCAUCACCAGCAAGAGAGGAGGGGUCCAAAGAGAAGCGGAGGAGGGAAGGCAAAUAUGCCGGCCAUUGACGGAGGUGCCGAAAAGCACCAGUUUGAGGCCCCUGAAAAGGACAAAUCGGAGCUGAGGCACGAUACAGAGGCCAUUGUAGCAAAUGUACCUAGAGAACGGAUUGGCAGUGGUCGUAUGCCUCACCAAAAUGGUGUGCGAGUGAACGCUGCACGAGGACGGCGGGAGACGCGCCACUCGUCACUGCUUCGUGGAGUCCUGAAGGGAGAUGGGAGCAGGCAGCACCACCAGCAAGGCGGACGUGGCGGGGGAAGCCGCAAGGGAUUGGACUCGGAUCGCCACGUGCCAGUGUCGGAGGACGGCCAGCAUGAAGUCGACAAGCCAGUACUGAGGAGGAGCUGGAACUCUGGAAGCCCUGCCAGGCAGAAGGAUUCAGUGGAUGAGUAUCCGCCACUGGGCAGCAGAGGCACUGAAGACUCGUUGGAGCGCUCGCCAGAAGCACGGAUGACAAAAGCGGACACCAAGGAUGCCAUGGUUAAACAGGGAGACAACAUUCCAAAGCAACAACCACAGACACCUUUCAGGGAGAAAGGGAGCAAGCCUGUGAAGCCUCUGGCCUCGACCAAUGGGGGCAGUGCUGGGCCCAAGCACAAGACAGCCAUAAGCAUGGCCAUUGCAGAUAUCAUGGUGCCCAAGCAGAGGCAGCCCAAGAAGCUUAAAGAGAAGGAGAACCUGCUCGAACGAAGCAGCAAGAAGCCCGAGGUGGCCAGGUGUUGCGUGGUGGCGAACCGCCUGGAUUCCUCUGCACCCAGCAAGAAGCGGGGCAAAGAGCGCGAAACUCCAGCCCGCAGAAAGCUGUCGGUCAUGAAAAAAAUAAUUCUGAAGGAACGCGAGGAUCGUCGUCAGCGUCGCGAGAAGCUGCGGCUCCUUGCGGCCGCCAGGAACAGUUGCCUGGCAAACUCAGCAGCUGAAGUGGUCGUCGAGCUGACACAGGACCCAGCAACGGAAGGCCAUGAAGAGAGUGGCCUGGAGACGCCGCUUCCGCGGACUGUGCCGAACGUGGCAGCAGAGCCGCAAGCGAAGCAGUUGCACUCUACCAGAUUCAGGGACUACUGCGACCACGUUCAGAGUCCCGAGAUCAACAAGACCACCAGGACAUUGCUCACCGACUUGGUGUUUUUCCAGGAGCGUCUGUACCAGAAGGACCCCAUCAAGGCCCGAUCUAAGCGGCGUUUAGUGUACGGACUGAAGGAAGUGCGCAAGUACCUGCUGCUCAACAAACUCAAGUGCAUCGUCUUUGCCCCGGACAUCGAGGAGGUGAAAGGUGCAGGGGGCCUGGACCACUCGCUACGCGACAUGAUCGAGUACGCACGCGCGCACUUCGUGCCCACGGUGUUCGCGCUGAGGCGCCGCCACCUGGGAACCCUUGCCAAGAAGAACGUGCCUGUCAGCUGCGUCGGAAUCUUCGACUACAGCGCACGGGAGGUACUGUUCAAGGAGCUUCUCGAACUGGUGAGCGCGGCUAGGGAGACCUACGCGAAACUCAAACAAGGACUGGCCCGAGAUGACUCUAGGUCGGGUGCUGGUCAAGUGGUCACCAGUGAGCCAGAGUCCGCCGGGAACGCACGCUGCGAGGCCGGCAGCACUUCUGCAGGCGUCGUCGUUGACGACGGCUGGGUGACCGCGAACGAGGAGUCCGAGCCGGAGGACCUCGAGAAUCCGCUAACGACAACCAAGUUAAAUACGUCGAAAAAUGCCGACUCGCUCGCCCGGCUCCUGGCUAUGACGCUAAGGUUGGCUGGCCGCGAAUCGUAGUAGACGAUGUGCUUGUCUCUCUUGUGAAGCGUACGUGUGGUCCUCUUUUGUGUGAACGCAUCCGGACGACGUAAAUGUGUUCGUGUGUGUGCGUGUGUGUUGUGGUGAGAAAGUGUUCCACAGACUUGCAACACUGUAAAAUUUAUAAACUAGUGCUUCCGGGGAGUACAAAUGUACAAGUGACAGGGGAUGCAAAGGAAGCCACGUAGCGUCAUCGACAUACUUUUAACAUUGUAAACUCUAAAGAUAGUGCUUCCGCUGAGUACAAGUGACUGGGAAUGCAAAGGAAUCCGCGUGAACGCGAGCAUGCAGCGUCAUAUUUGAGCCGUUGUUCACUCUCGCAAAAUUUCACACUAAGCGUGUACAUUCUAGCAAGCGUUAGUUGGAAUCUUAGACUUAAUCCUUGUGUGUAGUCAAUUUCUUUUGCGGAUUAUUCCAUUGGUAUGAAUACGCGUAUACUUCAUGAAGAUGUGACCUAUCUUCUUGCCAAAAUUACGUCGCUUUGUCUUGAAAACAGCAAUCGUGAGUGAGCUCCCUUCUACCUGACUACCUGAGCGCACUUUUCACUCUUCGAGAACCACAAAACAUGUGUGCUGCGUGAAUGGGAGGUGUCGUGGGAAGCGUGCACACGCUGUAUAUUGGCAAAAAACCUCGUCAGCAAUGACUGACUGCGAGUCGUGCGGGCCUCGUACCAACGACGGAAUGUACGUGCAAUCAAAAUUGAAUGGUAAUUAAACCAUGACAUAGUGCAAUAGGCAUAAUGUGCCGUCCUCUGCGAGCCCUUUUUUUAUUUCUACUUUUUUUUUCUGUUCAACUGAAAGAGCUGCGUUCCACUUUUCACUGGGCAUUGUACUGACAGCCACAGUGUUCUUUGCUCUGACGUGUUUGAACGCUAGAAAUUGCCAAGUUCUUGCACCUUAAGGCGCACAGAUUCUGACUUACGUUAAAGUUAGUUUGAAGAUAAGUUUAACUAAGAAUAAUGAUAAGAUCCUCAUGUGGCGACUAGUCGCUAAACAGGAACACCUAGGCGAAGUAGUUCUAACAUUCAGGGUGUGACGUCCUGUUAUACGGCAAAACAGGAGUUGUCUGCUAUCAGAGGUUUAUUCAGACGGUUCGUUAUUUGACUCAAAAUUAAGUUAAGCCCUUCUCGACAGACUAUUUAAGUAUCCUGGCCGCGUUGAAGUGUGCCGCAUAUAUCAGGCAGUACCACAUAUAAGUGUAUCUUGCGGGUCGUCACUAAAGAAACAAAAUCUGAAGGCGACCCUAAUCUGUGACUUAGGUGUCUGGUAGUGGCGCUCACACAUCGGCGUUCGUGCGCACUGGUGUAAUGGGUUAACGCUGGGUAAACGUUGUGCUUCGUCGCACUGCCGAAGCGGAUCUCGGAGGCCACAUAGAAGGAAGUGCGUGGUUGAGAUCUUCUCCGCCAGGUUGCGCAACGAUCCCAGCUGCUCAUUAUAAAACCGUAUGCUAAUUCAACGAACUCAUUCAAUUAAUCUUCAUUAAUUUUAUGACGGUUAAUAUGAUCUUAAGUAAAGUUAUGAUACGACAUUAUGUGUAUCCAAUAUAGCUCUUAAAUGGAGCCAUUGAUUUCGUACGAUUUUUAUUUUCUAAACACAUAUUCGGAAAACCGGAAGUAACUGCUCGACCGGAAGUGCUUGGAAGAGAAGCAAGAGCGUCACUCGCUGCUCGGGCCACUGAUAAGCAUGAUAACAUUUGAAGCAUGUUUGCGAAUUGUUUUACUCGUGAAAUGCUUUGUUAAAAGUACAAUUCAUUGUCGUUUGUUUACAGGGGCAGAGUUGUUCAUACUGUUGGGGAUUCAUUGGUAUAUGCAUGUGUAGGGUCUAUUGUUUCGUCAUGUGGUGAUAAGGUUCUACUAUGUAUAUAGCUUUAUUAUUGUAGUGUCUCAUUACAAGUGCAAUAACUUCAACCAUCGCUUGUGAUUGUUCGCAUUGCCACUUUUGAUACACUUAACUCUCAUGAUAGGAAACGUUUUUUUUUAUAGUUUCUAGGUGACUUGAGCAUUUUGAAAGUAAGUGCAUUUACUUAAUCGCACUUUUUCUGUCAAGUAGAGAGCUAGAUGCGCCCACUCUUUGGUGCCGCUUUCACUUAUGGACUAGUCUAUGUAACGUCACCUUGUCUGGUCUUGUUGACAUACUGUGUGUUCAGUGAAAUUGUGAAUAAUCCGAGCAUACCAAACUCGAAGGAGAUCUCGAAAUAGUUUAGCGUAGCGAUAUUUCGAAAUAUGCCUAUCUGAAGAUUCGCAGUUUUUUUUUUCUUCUUUUCCUUCAAGGCUGCAUCGAGCGCGUAAAAGACAGCGUACUAUUUAUUAAUUUCAUUCGUCUUGUGGAACGCGUGUAUCAGACCAGGAACCCGUUCGCAUUCUUAUAGAGCACAGUGCUACAUUUUUGCAUGCGAUUUUUAAGGCGAUGUUGCAUCUCUAAUGUGUAGGUAAUAAUACUGUAUAUCCGAGUUUGUGCUGCUACAUGGUGCACACUCUUUAGAAGAAGGGGCUACAAAAUGUUAUUCUGGAACAAGAAUGAUGACGUUCGUCAAGUUACUCCGCAGACCUACUCCACCUUGCCCCCUUUUGGCCGAGAGUCCGAAAGAAAACAAGAUUCGCAGUAGAUGCAAAAAUGAAAAAUGAAAAUUGGGUGGGAAAUAAACGGUUCUUAUUGUAAUGCAACAUCAUGCAGUUCCUCACUCGCCGUUAUUGUCAAAAUCUUGCAUGGGCAUAACUCCGCGCUUCACACAAUGACAUGACAGCGUCUCGUCUGAGCAAAGAUAUGGGGGCAAACAUGGCGCCCCCAAUAGGUCACUACUAGGGGAGCCCCCCCCCCCCCCCCCCCCAACCGUUCCCCGCAUUUGUGGUGACAUUUCGAAGGAGAGAUCAGGCGAUUUUCGGUGCUUUUCGGCACGAAAGAGUAAAUUUUCCGCUGCGUAGAGUGACUUGCAUGUGCACAGGAGCCUUGCUACGGAUCCGCAACUUUUUUUUUUUUUUACUAUGUUAAAAUUGUCGCUGUACGCAUUUAAAAUAUUGAAGAUAUGCGCCUAUUUCCUUGCUUAAUGUCUACUCCUGAUGUAACCCCUUUCUUUGAGUUUGAAACUUCUUCACUAAUUAGUAUUUGUCCCGCACUUUCGACGCCUAUGACGUAACUUCGAAGUCUCUAAACACCGCUUUUCCAUUGCGUAGGGCAACAGUCUGGUACAUGUGUUGGCACAGAUGUUCUUACGUCGAUGUGGAGCAGAGUCAGACUUAAGUAAUUGAAAUAAUGCAAUAAAUGUUUUAUAUCAUGAAAUAUUUGCUGCAGUCGCAUACGCGAUACUUCAUGCAAGUGAAAUUCACCGCCAGUUUUAUUGUAUUCGUUAAUUUUUGCUGACGCAUUGCGGUGUCCAGAGUUUCGCACGCGAGGGCUCAUCGAGCAAAGUGCAAACUGGGAUUUACGAAGUAUAACGUUGGAGCUGCUUGUUUUACGUGUUUAUCGAUGGCUUUCAAGGAAUCGUUUGCCUAUUUUUCUCUGCAUAUUUGUGGCGCCUUCCAGCAGUAUCCAGAACUUCAUUGGAAGAUGGAGGCAUGAAGUGAUUAAAAAUCGUGACGGAGGCUUGAAAUUAUAUUUAAAAAAUUGUGGUUAGACGUGACGAGAUGAAGAGACGUUGUGGAGACGUUGGCUCCAGCAGUGUUUAUUUCUACAUGUGUAAAUACAGACAUUAAAGUUGAAUUGUUGUUGAAAUGUGUCAUUGAAAAGAAAAUGAAAGUGAAAUAAACUUCGUUGUUACGUGGAA